AUGGCAAGAAAGGGAGAGACAUUUUGGAUUUUCACAUUUUUCUGCUUCUGGAGCUGUGCAACCUGUUUGCUUUCUUCUACAGGUGUAAACUUUGAAGUCCAAGCUUUAAUGGGUAUAAAAGCUGGUUUGAAAGAUCCUCAUGGUGUUCUUGAUAAUUGGGAUGGUGUGUCUGUUGAUCCAUGUAGCUGGACUAUGGUCACUUGUUCAGCUGAAAGUCUUGUUAUUGGCCUAGGGACUCCAAGUCAGAAUUUGUUUGGUUCUCUAUCUCCAAGCAUUGGGAAUUUAAAAAAUCUUCAAUUUAUCCUAUUACAGAACAACAACAUAACAGGACCAAUCCCAGCAGAACUUGGAAAACUCUCAAAGCUCCAGACUCUUGAUCUUUCAGAUAACUUCUUCACUGGAAGUAUUCCUCCUCCACUGGGGCACUUGAAAACCCUUCAGUAUAUGAGGCUUAACAAUAACAGUCUAUCAGGAGAGAUUCCAAUGUCUUUAGCCAACAUGACGCAGCUCUCUCUCGUGGACUUGUCUUUCAAUAACUUGACGGGCCCUUUACCCAGGUUCCCCUCCAAGACUUUAAAUAUUGUUGGCAACCCAUCAGUAUGCCCAACAGGUUCAGAGCCACCGUGCCAUGGAGUAACAUUGAUUCCAAUGUCCAUGACCUUGAACACUUCAGAAAUAGCUUCUCUACCUUCUGGGAGACGAAAAAGUCACAAUUUUGCACUUGCCCUUAGUUCAAGCAUUGGGUGCAUUGGUAUGCUUAUUCUUGGAUUCGGGCUGUUUCUGUGGACGAGAAAAUGGCGAAAACAGCAGAAAUAUUUUGAUGUUGAAGAUGGGCAUCACGAAGAAAUUUCUCUUGGAAAUUUGAGGAGGUUUCGACUUAGGGAACUUCAGAUAGCAACCAACAACUUCAGCAGUAAAAACCUUCUGGGAAAAGGUGGGUUUGGAAAUGUCUACAAGGGGUAUCUUCUAGAUGGGACUGCCGUGGCUGUAAAGUGGCUGAAAGACAGCAGUGCCGUUGGAGGGGAGAGACAGUUUCAAACAGAAGUUGAGAUGAUCAGCCUAGCAGUGCACCGGAACCUUCUUAGGCUAUAUGGGUUCUGUAUGACCUCUACAGAAAAGCUUUUGGUGUACCCAUAUAUGUCUAAUGGAAGUGUUGCUUCUCGACUCAAAGCAAAGCCAGUCUUGGACUGGGGCACGAGAAAGCAAAUUGCAUUAGGAGCUGCAAGGGGACUGUUAUAUCUCCAUGAGCAAUGUGAUCCCAAGAUAAUUCAUAGGGAUGUUAAGGCUGCAAAUAUACUGCUUGAUGACUAUUGUGAAGCAGUGGUGGGUGAUUUCGGAUUAGCAAAGCUUUUGGAUCACCAGGAUUCACACGUUACGACUGCAGUACGGGGCACUGUAGGGCAUAUAGCCCCUGAGUAUCUGUCAACCGGCCAGUCCUCUGAGAAAACAGAUGUUUUUGGAUUUGGGGUCCUUCUACUUGAACUGACCACAGGUCAAAGAGCUCUUGAAUUUGGCAAAGCAGCUAAUCAGAAAGUAGCAAUGCUUGAUUGGGUGAAGAAACUUCAUCAAGAAAAGAGACUUAAUUUGCUCGUCGAUAAAGAUUUGAAAAACAAGUGCGAUCUGAUAGAGCUAGAGGAAAUAGUUCAAGUGGCUCUCUUAUGCACUCAAUAUCUUCCAAGCUAUAGACCCAAGAUGUCGGAAGUGGUUCGAAUGCUUGAAGGCGAUGGACUUGUUGAAAGAUGGGAAGCUUCUCAGAGAGCAGAAGCGAGCAAGAAUAAAACACAAGAGCUCAUCUUAUCAGAACGCUAUUCAGACCUCACAAACGAUUCUUCAUUACUCGUACAAGCCAUAGAGCUCUCCGGUCCAAGUGGUGGUCUGGCGAAGAAGGAGAGGCCAGUGUCAGAGCUCGUUGGUGGCGACAACAAUCACAACGUCAGUGUUCAGUUGUUCGUAAGGUUCGCAAUAGCAGCCUCGUUCGCAGGGAAGAAUGAGGCUAAAACUAUUAUAGAGGCAAGGAAGGCUGAGCUAGAUUUGGCUAUUUGCAUCACUGAGGGAAUCUCUCAACAUGACGUGGUUCUUGUCAAGGCUGCUAUCAACAAGCAGUCGAAAACUCAGCUCAUAGGUCCAAAUUGUCCCGGAAUUAUCAAGCCUCGGGAGUUCAGCCUUGGACAGUCAACAUGUGUCGAAAUUGGUGGGGGUACUUUCAAUGGAACGGAAUUUGUUUAUUGCAUAGAAAAGUUCCUUGCCGAUCUUCAGACAAAAAGUGGUACCAAAAAGCCCAUUGGUGCUUCCAUUGAGAGUUCUAAAACUAUUAUAGAGGCAAGGAAGGCUGAGCUAGAUUUGGCUAUUUGCAUCACUGAGGGAAUCUCUCAACAUGACGUGGUUCUUGUCAAGGCUGCUAUCAACAAGCAGUCGAAAACUCAGCUCAUAGGUCCAAAUUGUCCCGGAAUUAUCAAGCCUCGGGAGUUCAGCCUUGGACAGUCAACAUGUGUCGAAAUUGGUGGGGGUACUUUCAAUGGAACGGAAUUUGUUUAUUGCAUAGAAAAGUUCCUUGCCGAUCUUCAGACAAAAAGUGGUACCAAAAAGCCCAUUGGUGCUUCCAUUGAGAGUUGUAAGGAUCACAUAUGGCAAGUUAUAAGAACAUCAUCUAUAUCGUCAUAUUAUCUAGAUGAUUACACUGGUGGUGUAUAUCGUUGGCAAGAUGGGGCUAUUGUAGCAAAUAAUCCUACUAAUUUUACUGUAUGA